AUGAAGUUGCGCUUCAUCCGCCGCAUCGGCAAAGGUGCCUAUGGGCAGGUUUACCUCGCCCGGGAUCUCUUUACACCCGAGAGCGCACCCAAGUUCUACGCCGUCAAGUGCACGCUCAAGUACGAGCCCGGCUCCGAGCUCUCUACCCUUCAGAAGCAAGAGAUCGCCUUCCAUUGUGCCAUGUCUUGUCACCGAAACGUCACCACGCUCCACUACGUCGUCGACGAGGAGUACUACAACUACAUGGUGAUGGAGUACCACGACGGUGGCGACCUCUUUGCCGCAAUUGUCGACCGCAAGGCGUUCUAUCGCAACGAUGGGGCAGUAAAGCUCGCAUUUGUCCAGCUUAUUGACGCCGUCGAGGCUUGCCACGACUUGGGCAUCAGCCACCGCGACCUCAAGCCGGAGAACGUCUUGUGUUCCAGGGAAGACUCGCGCAUCUUCCUCUCCGACUUCGGGCUCGCCACUCAUUUGAAAUUGACCAACGACUACGGCUGCGGUAGCAGUCUCUACAUGAGUCCAGAGUGCAUCGGCUUUCUCGAGCAAUCUGUCCCCUACUCGCCGCGGUGUUCCGACAUAUGGUCGCUCGGCAUUAUCCUCAUCAACAUCCUGACCGCACGCAACCCGUGGCAGCUCGCGCACCCCGCACGCGACGAGGGCUUCGCGCUGUACCUGCAUGACCGCGCGGCCUUCCUGACCCGCAUCCUCGCGCUCUCGGACGAGGCCGCCGCGCUGCUCGCGCGCAUCCUCGACCCGAACCCGCCCACGCGCAUGACACUCCGCCAGAUG